UUUAUAAAACCAAUAAAUUCCCUCUUCUUCUCUCUCUCUCUCACAAAACAACUCCCCCUCCCCCAAAUGGAGAAAGGCGAGGGCUCAAUGGCGGAGGCAGACGAAACGCACAACACGACCCACCACCUGGCGGCCCCAACCGGUUUGACCCAGGCCGAGUUCGACGAGUUAAAGCGGCUAGUGAUCGAGUUCCACACCUACAAGCUCGGCUCGGGCCAAUGUUCCUCCCUACUCGCGCAGCGCAUUAACGCGCCUCUCCACGCCGUCUGGUCCUUAGUCCGGCGUUUCGACCAGCCCCAGACCUACAAACACUUCAUCAAGAGCUGCACGGUGAAGGAGAACUUCAGGAUGACCGUUGGAUGUACCAGGGUUGUGAAUGUCAUCUCCGGGUUACCGGCGGACGCCAGUACCGAGAGGCUCGAUAUGUUGGACGAAGACCGGCACGUCACCGGGUUCAGUAUCAUCGGAGGGGAACACAGGCUGAAAAAUUACCGGUCGGUCACGUCGGUCCACGGGUUCCAUCGCGACGGGAAGAUCUGGACCGUGGUGUUGGAAUCGUAUAUAGUGGAUGUACCGGAGGGAAACACCGAGGAAGACACGCGUCUGUUUGCGGACACCGUCGUGAAGUUGAAUCUGCAGAGGCUGGCAUCCGUCGCCGAAGCCAUGGCCCGUGACGGUGACGGUAAGUCUGAGGCCUUUUAAAAAAAUAACACGGAUUUCAUGAAACCCAAAAACACACCAAAAAAAAAAAAAAAGUGGGGAUUUUUCUUCGUCUAUUUUCUUUUUCUUUUCUCACUGAAAUUGAGUUUUGGUAGCAUGUUUUUACCUUUGAUAUGUAAAAUCACCGAAAUAUCUUUGGUUCAAAAACAGAUUGACUGGGGCAGUAUUGACCUCCCUUUCAAUUUUUUGUCCUGCCCGAGUUCGUUGUUUGAAUUUAAUAUGAACAUCGUCCACAUUGUUCAGAAUUUCAGUAUCAAAUAUUGUACAAGAUCUAGACAUGUUAUGUCUUUGAUACUGGA